AUGCUUUUAAAAAAAAAGAAUAAACCCGAAAAUAAAAAUAGGGUUGAGAAAAAAGAAGACUACUAUUCGAAAGUGACUAAUUUAUUAAAAGCCAAUGAUUUCGAUGUAGAAACUUUGGAAAGAUUCCCCAAUGAUGGCGGUGCCAAAGAUGAUCAUUUAAUUGUAUGUCAAUCAUUAGGCAUUAGAUAUGAUUACAUAGAAAAAUAUGAGCAAAAAACUAAAAAAUUUCUUCAGUUUUAUCAUUGCGAAGAAAAUGAUUGGAUUAUUAAACAUAUAAUAGAAUAUUUUUCCGAGCAAUAUACAAUGUCUAAAAAUAUAACAAACGCAGCAUCUGGUAGAACCACUGGUUGCAAAUUUACUUCUGACAAAAAACUAUGUGAAAUUGUUGACCAGGAAAUUAAUUUAUUAGAGUAUGCGAAUGAAAAAAUUAUGGUUUGA